AUGCCUUUGUGCACGACUUGCACCCAACCUCUUCCUCACCUCUACAUUGUGUACCAAUCCGCACAUAACGUCAGGCUCGAGCGGUGUACGACUUGCCACGAAUUCGCAGACCCAUAUGUCACGCAUGAUCUGCUUGUCAUAAUACUGGACCUCAUACUCCUCAAAAGGGGUGUAUAUCGGCAUCUUCUCUUCAACCGAGGGUCCAAGCCGAGACAAGUAGAUCAAGUCUCUUCUUCGAGCAAGGGAAACGGAAUUCGACGAAUCAAGUCUUGUGGAUUGAGUGAGUCGCAGGCCAGAUGGUGGUUGACACUCAGGCUAGGUGCUGUGAUUGUGCUGGUGGACAGCUGUAAGUACGCCUCUUCCUAUUUUCUUCAAGCGCAUCUUACAGCCUCUCGGAUACUAUACAAUCCUAACAAGAUAGGUGAUCCUUGGGCAUCUGAGACAAUGCGCAUCUUCAUUAGGAUUCUGCUCGGUUGCUGUGUAGAGAACGUAGUAUUCCACAUCGGAAUCACACUAUCUUCCUCACUGGUAUUGAUAGGCCUAAACUGGUUCUCAGUCCAGCAACGGAAACGGAAGACGAAAGGCAUGUUGAUUCAAUCACGUUAUGCUUCGCUCACUCUCAUCAGAUGCAUCUGCAGAUAUUCACAUAUCCCACUCUGUCUUCUAUACUCUUCGCUAUCGAAGUUCUUCCUCCUUUUUCUUCUAUCUGUCUGGGGUCAUCCGAAAUCGCCAGCACAAGGUCUUCCGCCGCCACAGUACGAACAUACAAUCAGGGUUGAGAACCCUGCGCUGCGGCGCGUCUGGGAAGCUCUGGACGAUGACAAACUAGAUCGGGAGUGGGUCGUGCGCAAUGUGCUCGGUGGUAUGGCGGCAGGAUUUGGUUUGAGAGUGGUCCUGGAUUGUCAUCCGUUCUUCACGACGAUCGUCAUACUUUCCGGGUGGGGCAUCAAGACGGUCGUUGCGAGUGUUGUAGGAGGAUGGGUUGGAGGCAAGCAGAUUGAGGAGACAUGGCUGGCAUAUAGCAUACCAUAA